AUGGGAAGUAGAAGAUUAAUUUUUUUAUGUUUGAGUGAUAGCAAAUAAAGACUAGGACAUAUCAGAGGUAAAAUAAGAAGAAAGGUUUGGAUAUAAAUGUGGAUAUUGUGUUUGUUUAAUUUAAAGAGUUUAAAGAUGAAAAAUGCGAUGUUGUCUAUAAAUACUUCCUAGAAGAAAUCAAAUAACUAAAAAAUCUCAAAGGAAUAUCAGAAGUAUAAAAUAAUUUAUGUAGUUGAAGUGGUACAUGUAUAGUUUAUUUUGUUGGGGUAGAAUCAUCGAAUUCAGAUUCAGAUUUAAGUGAUAGUGAUUUUGAUCCAGAACCAAAAUAACAAUAAAAACAACAACCAUAAAAACAUUAACCCUAAAGAACAUAAGCCUCUGCAAAAGGCAAUAAAGAAACAAUUACAAUAACGAUUUAAAAUUUAUUUUACUAAUAAAUAUAAUUCAUAGAAUCUAUAAAUCUACUCUAACCUUAAAAAUUUAUAAUUAAAUACUUAAUUUGUUUGA